AGUUAGACACUGCGCAGGAAAUUCCAUUCGAGUUUCAAACAGGUUUUCUUUCAUUUUUACUUAAAAUUGGCGAAUUUUAAAAAAGUGAUAUUAACCAAGUAACGGAUAUGGUGCGUUAAUUUCAAAAUAAUUGGCAUUUUCUAGGGGUGAAAUUAGUGAAAACAGUGUAUCAAUGGUGUAAUAUUAAAACCUUUGAGAGCGAUGAUCAAGUUGGCAUGUGUCGUGGCGGUUGUGCAUUUACAAUUGUUAUUUUUUACGAACAGUGCAAAAUCACAGGAGGUGUGGGAAUCGCCCUGUCCCGAGUUCUUUGCGUACGAACCUAGAAAUGACCAACAGGUCGACAGGUGGUUUGGUACUAUAUCCCUAAGGACCCGGGAAGAAUUACACGGCGUCUGGCUUAGGGUCAUUUUCGACAGGAAAGCUGAACUUUUGGGGAACUGGUUCGGCGACUCUCAAACAAAAGACAACAUGGAGUUUGUAAUAAAAAAUCCGAGCUACACCCUGGUCCCCGGCCCUCCGGUUGCGGUCAGGUUCUUCGUAAAAUACGACCCCAACCAAACCCCACCCCGGCUCAGCAUGAUCCGCAUGAACGGUCGCACGAUAUGCGGGGAAGCAGCGACCGCAGCACCCCUGGACUUCAACACCCUGCACAUCAGCAGACCCGCGGACAAAAACGAAAACAAUUUCAAUUUUAACAACAACAACGCUCAAUCGGAAACGCAAAAUGCAAAUAAUAACAACAAUAAUCGACCAGUACAGGGCGGUAGCAGACCAGCUAGUACCAACAGACCCAACCCCAAUACUGUAAGACCUCAGAGCAACAAUGGGAACCGACCCAGUUCUGGGGGUAAUAACGGAAAUAGACCCGCAACCAAUAAUAAUGCAAACAAACCCAGCAAUACUAGACCAAGUGAGAACAGACCCAGUAACAAUGAUAGGGUUGAGAAUAGGCCCUCGGGGACAAGCAACAGACCCAUUGAACCUUCUAUUAUGAGCAAUUUUGUGGGAACUCUAGGACAAGGAAACGAUCGGGAUAGUGAUAACAAUUAUCGGCCUACAAGUUCGCGCCCAAUUUUAAACGACGUCCCCCCAUCGCAAACAUUACCUCUGUACUCGUUCACAGAUUUCAACAAAUCUUCAUCCAAUAGUUUUAGCAGUAAUAACAAUAACAAUAAUAAUAGAAAUAACAAUAGACCCGCACAAAACGUUCAGACGAAUUACCCUCAAACAGCAACAACGACAGAAAAAUAUUUCGGCGAGAUCAGUAGUACUACAAACCGUCGCCCGGAAAUAAGCCUGAAUAACAACGAAGAAGAUUUUUUCCCAGGCGAUUUCAACCCCUCUCGACGACCAAUCGUAACAACCCUUAUCGAAAACACGAACGAUAACGUGUGUGGUAUCGUCGCCCAACAACCUCGGCCCCUUAUCACGUAUGGCAAGGAAACUUCAGAAGAUGUGCAGCAAAAUGGUUCAGGCAAAGGACCAAGAAAGACUGAUAAUAGUCAAUGGCCGUGGCACACAGCUCUGUACAGGUCAAAGGGCACGGAUCUGCAGUAUAUUUGUGGCGGAACUUUAAUAUCAAGAAGACACGUCUUAACAGCGGCGCACUGCGUUACAAAACUCCAAACUAACAAGGCAAUUAAUCCCGAAUUACUCCAAGUUUACCUGGGUAAAUACAGUUUGAGAAAAUUGAAUCCCGGAGUCCAGAGUAUGAUAGUGGAAAGAGUCCUGGUACAUCCCGAAUAUAACGCGACGGUAUUCCACAACGACAUCGCAAUACUCAAACUAACGCAAAAGGCCACCGUUACCGACUACGUAAGACCCGUGUGUUUAUGGGACGAGGAAAUUAGUCUCAAUUCCGUAGUUGAAAGACUUGGGACCGUUGUUGGAUGGGGCUAUGACGAUACCGGGGCUCUCACAGAAAACUUAAUGCAAGCACAGAUGCCAGUUGUGACGACAGAAACCUGCAUAUUUUCCAAUAGGGAAUUUUUCUCAAGAUUUACAUCAAGCAAAACAUAUUGUGCUGGAUUCAGAAAUGUGAUUGAUUCGGCAGGUACUUCCGCUUGCACAGGUGACUCCGGUGGGGGAAUGUUCUUCCCCAAAGCAGAAAGCGAUUCGAGGAACAAAGUCUGGCAAAUACGAGGGGUUGUCUCGCUAAGUGCCGCAUUGCAAAAUGAAAAAACCAUCUGUGAUACGUCCAAUUAUAUCAUAUUUACUGAUAUUGCCAAGUAUCUCAGUUGGAUUAGAGACGUAUUAGAAAGGAGAUAGUUGUCUUCAAAUUAUUAUUACAGUAAUUAAUUAAUUAAUCAACGUUGGUUGUGCGAGAGACACAACUCAAAAGACCCCUAUUAUCUCUAUAAAAUAAUAAGAAUUCUGUAUUUGCAUAAGAACAAAAUAUAUAUUGCACAUACAUGGUUUGAAAUAAGACAAGUCUUUAAUAAACAAAAUUUUUCUGUACCGAACUAUUAAGGUACUGACUCAGUAUCUUUGUAAUUUAUAUCCUACCCUGAGAAAGAACAAUUUACCUUUCUCGAAAUCUAAAUGUAAGUUAUGUAAAUUAGAUUUAAGGUCUUUUAUAAGAUAUGUAUUUCAGUAGAAUAAGGAACCUUGCCAAUUUCACUAAUAAUAUUGUACCAAUAAAUAUUUAUAUUUAACA